AUGAAACGAAAGUUGCCGAAGAUUCGGCUAACUGUUUUUUUGGCUGUCGGAGUCCCGACAUGCUCGACACCAGGUUGACUUGUCGGCGACGGCACGGUUCUUCCUUCCACCUCGGACUUCUCGUCAGCAGCUGCUUCUCCCUCGGCUGCCGCCGCAGCCUCGACACAGACACGCGCCUCCGUCGCUCCCUCUCCUCCUCCUCCUCCUGAAACCUCCGUAUCUCUCUCGGGUCCUUCGAGCUGGAUUCUCUAGCCGUCCUCCUGCGGGUCUCCUUGCGCCGCUGGUUCAGCGGCUUCGUCGAGUAGUCCCCGCCCUUUUCCGCCUCCGCCCGAACGCUUGCCGCCUUCUCCCCCCGUUUUUGUGAUCUGGGUGGCUCUUUUUUUCUUCUGGGUGUCAUGGUGUUCGGGUUAUAUGGCUGGUGUCACCGAGAGGGAUUGGUUUCCAAAUUGGUGGCCUUGGGGGACGUGGUGGCUUCCCGGUUCUCUCAGUCGACGGCGUCCGUGGCGUCGGAUCGCCCGGACCACCACGGCCCUUCCUCCAGCAACGGUGAUGGGGACUGUGGCGCGAGCAACGUUUCGUACUCGCUGCAAAAUGUCGUCUUGUGCGAGCUCCGGCAUGAGGCGUUCGAGGCCUGCGUGUCCUGCGGCCCCUCGGAGAGCAGCCUAGUCUCGAAAUGGCGGCUUAAGAAAAGGAUUAAAACAGGAUGUGUAGCUAUUGUCUUAUGUUUAAACAUAAGUGUCGAUCCACCUGAUGUAAUUAAGACAUCUCCUUGUGCCAGAAUGGAGUGCUGGAUAGAUCCACUUUCCAUGCAACCUCAAAAAGCUAUUGAAUCAAUUGGAGAAGCUUUGAAGAAACAGUAUGAAAGUUGGCAAUUGAAGUCCGAGCCGGCUUCAUAUAUGGGGAAGCUCGAUCCUACCGUUGAUGAAGUAAAGAAACUGUGUACAAUGUGUCGCAGAUAUGCCAAGUCCGAGAGAGUUUUGUUUCAUUACAAUGGUCACGGUGUUCGAAAGCCAACGAUAAAUGGUGAAAUCUGGGUCUUCAACAAGAGUUAUACACAGUAUAUUCCCCUGCUGAUCAGUGAACUUGAUACUUGGUUGAAGACGCCAUCGAUAUAUGUCUUCGAUUGCUCUGCUGCUGGUUUGAUAGUCAAUGCAUUUAUAAAGCUUAAUGACUGGUGUGCUGCUCAUACCAGUGAAUCCACAAGGGAUUGCAUUAUUCUGGCGGCCUGUGAAGCGCAUGAGACCCUCCCUCAGAGUGCCGAAUUUCCUGCUGAUGUCUUUACGUCUUGCCUCACCACCCCCAUUAAGAUGGCUUUAAGAUGGUUCUGUACCAGAUCACUUCUAUCGGAGUCCCUUGAUUAUUCUCUGAUUGAUAAAAUUCCCGGACGCCCAGAUGAUCGCAAGACGCCUCUGGGAGAACUGAAUUGGAUUUUUACUGCGGUGACUGACACUAUUGCUUGGAAUGUUCUCCCUCAUGAUUUGUUUCAAAAAUUGUUCAGACAAGACCUUUUGGUAGCCAGUUUGUUCCGAAAUUUUUUACUUGCUGAAAGAAUAAUGCGUGCAGCUAACUGUUUGCCAAUAUCUCACCCAGCACUGCCACCGACGCAUCAGCAUCAUAUGUGGGAUGCAUGGGACAUGGCUGCCGAAAUCUGCCUUUCGCAGCUUCCGUCUUUGGUUGAGGAUUCUGGUGCAGAAUUCCUGCCAAGCCCUUUUUUCACUGAACAGCUAACAGCAUUUGAGGCAUGGCUUGAUCACGGGUCCGAACAUAAAAAACCACCAGAGCAAUUGCCUAUUGUUCUUCAGGUUCUGCUCAGCCAGAGUCAUCGAUUUCGGGCACUAGAUCUCCUCGCAAGGUUCCUCGACAUGGGACCUUGGGCUAUAAAUCUGGCCUUGUCAGUUGGAGUGUUUCCAUAUGUCCUAAAGCUGUUGCGCACCCCAACUCCAGAACUGCAGCAUAUUCUUGUAUUUAUUUGGACAAAAAUUCUUUCCUUUGACAAGUCAUGUCAGGUGGAUUUAGUAAAAAUUGGAGGGCACACAUACUUCAUCAGGUUUCUCGACAGUAGGGAAGCACAUCCCGAGCAUCAUGCAAUGGCGGCCUUUGUUUUGGCCGUCAUUGUGGAUAGCCAUCGUAGGGGUCAGGAAGCAUGUGUCCAAGCAGGUCUUAUCCAUGUCUGCUUGAGGCACCUACGGAGUCCAAAUCCAAAUGACAAGCAGACUGAUCCGUUGUUUCUUCAAUGGCUUGCUCUUUGUCUGGGAAAGGUUUGGGAGGAUUUUACGGAGGCCCAAAUGAUUGGUUUGGAGGCAAAUGCCCCUGCUAUAUUUGAUCCUCUAUUAUUCGAGCCCCAACCGGAGGUCAGGGCUUCUGCUGUUUUUGCACUGGGUACCCUGCUUGAUGUUGGGUCUGACUCCAGUACAGAUAGUGUUACUAGAGACGAAGAAUAUGAUGAUGAUGAAAAGGCUAGGGCUGAGAUUAGCAUUAUCAAAAGCCUCUUGAGUGUUGUUUCAGACGGCAGCCCACUGGUGAGGGCAGAGGUCGCUGUAGCAAUGGGACGGUUUGCUUUCCGUCACAACAAGCACCUUAAGUCAAUUAUGGCUGCCCGCUGGAAAUCUCAGUCUAAUUCUUUGCUGACUUCUUUACCUUCAUUGGCACAAAUAAAAGGCAUGGGCAGUGGAGGUACCCCAAUCGAGCUUGGAAGUAUAGUUUCAUCUCAAAUGGGUCCCUUACUUAGAUUUGGCAAUGAUAGUCCGUGGGUUCGGGAUAGUAGGGUCUCAUCUAGCAGCCCUCUUGUUGCUUCUGGAGUUAUGCAUGGAUCUCCAUCAUCAGAUGAUUCGUCUCAGCUCUCCGAUUCUACAAUAGUCAAUGAUGGUGUGAGCAACAGUUUCACGUCAAAACCACUUGAUAAGGCUAUCUAUUCCCAGUGCAUAUCGGCUAUGAGCACUUUGGCAAAGGAUCCAUCACCACGCAUAGCAAGUCUUGGCAGGCAUGUGCUUUCUAUUAUGGGCAUUGAGCAAGUAGUGACAAAAUCCUUAAGAAACUCUGGCAUUAGUGUGCGGCCUGGUGAAACUGUAGCAGGAUACCCUAGUCUUGCUGGUCUAGCACGGUCCACUUCAUGGUUCGACAUGCGUGCAAUUGGUCAAUUUCCAUUAACAUUCAGAACUCCUCCUGUUAGCCCUCCUCGGCCAAGUUAUUUAGCAGGAAUGCGAAGAGUUUGCUCUUUGGAGUCCAGGCCAUAUUUGAUGAGUUCUCUGGAAUCCGGCUUAGCUGAUGUUGUUUUAACUUCUGGAGGAGCUACAGAGGCUCCAGAGUGCAGUUUCCUUCUGCAAUCGACUAUUUAUAAUUGGAGUUGUCGCCACUUCUCCAAGCCAAUUCUUUCUGCAGCUGAGGAUUGUGAAGAAACAUCAGCUAGAAGGGAAGAGGGAGAAAUUUGCACUUGAGCACAUGAAUAAAAUGCCAACACUCUUGUGAGUCCUCAACAUUUUCCUUCUAUUCACCGUGUAGUAACAUGUGCGUCCCCUUACCCUUUUUUAGUGUCUCUCUUUUUCUUUCUUGACUUUCAGCUGCUGUAAGAUUAAUAGCCAAAUUGCUAGCUGGAUUAACAGAUUUGAGACGAGAACAAAAGCAGCCUUGUUGCAACCAUUUUCUCCCGUUGUGAUAUCUGCAGAUGAGAAAGAACGCAUUAUGUUUUG